AUGGAGUUUCCCGGUAGCUCCAAUCAGCAGUUUGGUAGGGAUAUGUUCAAUGGAGAAAUCGGUUGUGGUAAUAACACGCGUGAAGAUAAUAUUAACAAAUGUUCUCAGACAGGAGAGGAGUUUUCAAAUGAGUUUUUGAGGGAUUUUGGUGCUCAACGAAGAGUAGUACCACCACAGAUUGUUAAUAGAAAUGUUGAGGAUAAUCAUAAUAAUCGACUUGUUUACGAGGAUUUCAACAGAAUCCUCGGGCUUCAAAGAGUUGAUUCCAACAUUUCAGAAGGUGUUAAUCCCUCGAAUGGAUACGUAGCUGAAUCAAAUGUUGCAGGCUCUCCUCGGAUGACUGCAAUGUCAGAUGUUUAUUUGCCGGAAAUAUUGAAGCUUCUUUGUAGUUUCGGUGGAAGGAUCUUACAGCGACCUGGAGAUGGGAAGCUAAGAUACAUUGGAGGGGAGACUCGAAUUAUCUCAGUACGAAAACAUGUUGGAUUAAAGGAAUUGAUGCACAAGACUUAUGCUUUGUGCAAUCAUCCUCAUACAAUCAAGUAUCAAUUACCAGGAGAAGAUCUUGAUGCACUAAUAUCGGUUUGCUCAGAUGAGGAUCUUCUUCAUAUGAUUGAAGAGUAUCAAGAAGCUGAAACAAAGGCUGGAUCUCAGAGGAUAAGGGUCUUUCUUGUAUCUUCUUCAACAGAAUCAUCAGAGAGUCCCAAAUUUUUCAACGAAAGGAAUAUGAACAUAAACCGAAACACACACCAGCAGACGGAUAUAGAUCAUUAUCAGUAUGUUUCAGCUCUUAAUGGUGUUGUGGAUGUGAGUCCUCAAAAGAGUUCUAGCGGGCAAAGCGGGACAAGUCAGACAACACAAUUUGGGAAUGCUUCAGAGUUUAGCCCUACAUUUCAUCUUCGAGACUCGCCUACUUCUGUUCAUACAUGGGAAAACAAAGAUUGCAACAGUCCAACCUUCAUGAAACCAUACGUGAACACGAAUGCUGUUCAUUAUAUGCCGAAAAUGCAGAUACCGAGUAACUCACCUGGUCAACAAUCUCCUCCAUCAUCCCCUUUUUCAGUUCACAAGAGAGCAAAUACCGACAUUCCUUAUUUUGUUGAUCAAAAUGGUUUCUUCGACAACAAUAUUCGUCCUUACAUGGUUGCUCCAAACCUCCCACAGCAACAUAGGUUCAUGUUUGAUACAACUAAACAAACGCAGAAGCAUACAGAAAUGAAUCUUCAUGACCGGAGGCCAAGCGACGAUAUUUACCCCCUCGGUCAAGCUUAUAACGGACCAGAGAAAGUGACGCUUAAGAAAAACGCUCUUUCUGAUCCGCAGCUGCAUGAUGAGAGCCAAAUCGACAAUGGGUUAGAGGCAUUUACCAGACAACCAUGGAAAAUAUUGAGAAAGAAUUUACAUGCUGUGGCUACGUCACAGUGGGAAGAGAGUGAUGAUAUCUAUUUCAAGAAUCCAGAAGGCAGGAAGAGUAAGGAGCUUGAGCUCGCCAAAGAAGUUCCUAAUUAUAUGGACCGUCAUCAUAAUUCCGGUUCUUUUGAUCAGAUCUCAACCAAAAAUGGCGUUAGUAACAAUACUAGCUCUUUCAGUCCGAAUUAUCAACCAGCUGCGCAGGUUACUUCAAGUGAUUCACAAGAUUCAGGAAGCUCAGUGUUCUCUUUAUCAGUCAACACCAACGAAAAUCAUCUCGAUUGUUCAAGGGAAAACUUGGAUGCUUUCAAGCAAGACAUAUCACUAAAUACUCUCAUCAGAAGCCACACUACAGCUACAGACCAACUGUGUAAUAGAACAACGUCAAGUGAUCAAGAAGAUUUCUCCUCAUCCAACCAAAAAUUCCCAGAGGAAUAUCUGAGACAGGAGCCUACGAUUCCGAAAUGCGAUUUGGAGACAAAUAAUGAUGAUUCAGGAAGUCAGAAUUCUUUUUCUAAAGAAGAGAGUCUUCACUAUUGUGGAAUGCCACUUAGGAAGGUGGGAAGUAGAGAUGCUGCUUUUAUGCACACGCAGGAAUCAGAUGACUUCUUCAACAACAACCUGCUUCGUCCAUUGGUGAUGGUUGAGGAUGUAACGAACGAAGUAACUUCAGAUGCUCUCUUGUCAGCUACUAUUGUCCCUCAUGUACAUAGCGAGUCAGAUGAUGAUCACAAAUCCUACACAAGGAAGGAAGAUAAUACAAGUCCCGGUCAUGAAUCCGCGAUGGAGGAGAAGCAUAAGCAAAGCAGAAACACCGAUGAAUCGUUCAGCGAAGCUGCGAUGGUUGAAAUUGAAGCUGGAAUCUAUGGCUUACAGAUCAUUAAAAACACUGAUCUUGAAGACUUACACGAGCUUGGAUCGGGUACAUUUGGAACUGUAUACUAUGGGAAAUGGAGGGGAACUGAUGUUGCUAUCAAGAGGAUUAAGAAUAGCUGUUUCUCUGGUGGAUCAUCCGAGCAAGCACGACAGACGAAAGAUUUCUGGAGAGAAGCUCGGAUAUUAGCGAAUCUUCACCAUCCUAAUGUGGUGGCAUUUUAUGGAGUUGUACCAGAUGGACCUGGUGGAACAAUGGCAACAGUGACUGAGUAUAUGGUGAAUGGAUCUUUGAGACAUGUCUUGCAGAGAAAAGACAGAUCGCUUGAUAGGCGUAAAAGGCUGAUGAUAACUCUUGAUGCUGCAUUUGGCAUGGAGUAUCUACAUAUGAAGAACAUUGUUCAUUUUGAUCUUAAAUGCGAUAACUUGCUUGUAAACUUGAGGGAUCCACAACGACCAAUUUGCAAGGUUGGAGAUUUCGGACUGUCGAGAAUAAAACGAAACACGCUUGUUUCUGGUGGAGUAAGAGGAACCCUCCCAUGGAUGGCACCAGAGCUGCUAAAUGGUAGCAGCAACCGCGUCUCAGAGAAAGUAGAUGUUUUCUCAUUUGGUAUCACAAUGUGGGAGAUUUUGACAGGCGAAGAACCUUACGCGAAUCUGCAUUGUGGUGCCAUCAUUGGUGGAAUUGUGAACAAUACGUUGAGACCUACGGUACCAGAACGGUGUGAAACAGAGUGGAGAAAGUUGAUGGAGCAAUGCUGGUCGUUCGAUCCAGGAGUAAGACCAUCGUUCACGGAGAUUGUUGAUCGGCUCAGGUCAAUGACUGUUGCCUUGCAACCCAAACGACGAACCUAA